UCUCCGAUUUGUUGACGAAAUAUCAUUACAUUAGAUACUUUGUGUGUUAGUAGCAAAGUAGUACAUGACAAAGACAUGUGCUUCUAAAUUUCUAAUAUAAAUAAUAUGAAGAAAGCAUUAAAAGAUCACAACAAUUAAUUUACAUUAAAACAAAGAAAAGUUAUUUAUGAAUUAAUGAAUACCUAUUUUUAUAUGAGUAUUUCGAUAACUCCAUAGCAAAAAAAAAAAAAAAAACGCAAAAGCAAAAAUAAUAAAUAAAUAAAGAAAGAUGUACGGCGGCUGCAACACAUCCUAAUAUAUUUUAAAAAGUAAUCCCUUCCGAGAAAGAAAGAAAGAAAAUACAUCAUAGAUUGCAGAAGUGUUUUACCUUUUUUUUUUUCUUUGAUAAUUGCAGGCGAUCUAAUUAUCAAUUAAAACUUCUAAAAUGUUGUAGAACAAAACGAGAUGAUUAUCGUCUGUUUUUUUUUUUUUUUGCUCAGAUGAACGGAAUUAUGACCACGACCUAAGUCAGGUUUAUGCUUCUAAAAUAAACCUUUAUAACCUUUCGGGAAAGGAAAUUUAUCAAUUUCUUGAUGUCUGUUAGUAGUAGGUUCAUUUAUCGUUUGGCGUUUACCGUCGAGAGGAAGAUUAAUAAAUUUUGAGGCGAAGUUUGUUCAUCUAGGCUUAAGCCUUUUAAUUAUGAUUUCAAGAGAUGAAUCAGUGGAACGGACCGGAAAAGCUAAUUUCAUUCAAAAAAGCAAAAGCAAAUAUACAUGAUGGAGCUGCUUACUGUGCAUAUGUCAAUGUGUAGCAAAAAUUUGGUAAAUCAUGGUGCAUUCUCUGUGAUAAUAUUUUGUUUUGUUUUAUUUUUAUUUUUUUAUUUUUUUUUUAUUAUUCUUGUGUUCUUAUGAAGACAAUGUAAAUUUUAACGAAAAAAACAUAGUUCGCAUAUAGAGUCAACAAGUAGAGUGAAAAGUUAUGAGUUUAAACACAAAUACAACUUAUUAAAGCGAGUCAGUGUCCUCUGCGAGCAAACUUUACCAUUAUAUAUAAUUGGUUUAAAUAAUUAAUGUAUAAUAAGCCUUCAUUAAGAAUAAACUUAAACAUUCCAACUAUUAAGAAUGAAUUAUUGUCUACAUCAUAAUUAGUUAAAGCGCGCUUAAUACGCACAAAUGCAAUUUUAGCGAAUCGUUGCGAAAAUAAUGAAGGAAAUAAAAACAAACAAAUAAAAAAAAAUUCUAAACUUUAAAUGUGUGUUCGCUCCAUAAAUGUUCAAAUUUAAACAAACUAAUUGAAUUUUUAUUUUUUUUAUCCUUUACCUUAACUGUUUCUAUUUGAUUUGGUUUUUCUCACCGUUGUGCGUUGAUGUGUUAUUCUCGAUCAAAAAAAAAAAAAAAAUUAAAAAAAUUAAAAAAAUAGAAAACAUUAAUUGAAAAUAAAUUAUGAAAUUAAAAUACAAUAACAUAUCUAGGUAGCAGUGAUUGCGAUUGUAAACAUGGCCUAAAUAAAGAACAAGUUUAAGCUUAAACAUCGUAAUAACGAAAAAAAAGAGAUAUAAAGAAAUAAAAAGCACAUACACAAACAAGCAAUAACCAUCAUGUUUUGAUCCUAAUAUAUAUAUAUAUAUAUAUAUAUAUAUAUAUAUAACAUAACGAACAUAAAAGCAUCCAUCACAUUCGCUACGUGGCCGAUAAAAUAAGAAGGAAAUUAUGCUCAUGUGUGUGUUUAAGGAAACAUUAAAGUAGACGAGAAAUUGACAGCAAAAAAAAAAAAACAAAUAAAUAAAUAAAUAAAUAAAAUAAAAUAUAAAAGAAAAAAAAAAUCAGCACAUUUUCAAUUGCUUGUUAAAGCGAAACGUAAACCGUCAACGUUCAAAUACUAGCAACCGACCAGCAUUCCGCGGGACAACAAGAUAACAUUCACCCAAAUUGCCAAACCGUUCAAAACAAUGACAACAACGAACAGAUUCAUUAACAAAAAAGUCGUUGUUCAAGUGUUACACAACAUGUUAAAGAAAUUUUUAAAAAAUUCAUCUUCAAUUAACAACAACAACAACAACAAUAACAAAAGCAAUCCUUCUGAUAGAAAUUUUUGAUUGCCGCGAAAAAACAAAAGAGAGAAAAAACGUUUGUUUAUAAUGCAUUGGAUAUAAGAAAGAAAACUUAUUGAAUUUCAUUCUAUAUAUUGUGCCGCUUUUAAGUGUUGAAAAAGCUAACUAAUAAAAAAAAAAGAAAAUAUAUAUACAUAUAUAUAAAAGAUAUAUUAUAGAAGAAAAAAAAAAAGAGUAGUUGGAGCGAUUUCUGUUAAUUUCAAGUUCAAAGUACAAAAUGUUUUAUGCCGUAUUCGGACUUUGUAUUUAUCGCGUUUUACUCUUCUUCCAUUAAAACCAAACAAUACAAAACAAAACAAAACAAGUCAAAAAGAAAGAAGCAAUUUGUUGUACACAGGCACACAUACCGAACUCUCUACCGGUUUUAAGUGAUCACCAUUUAAACUCGAGAACAGCAGACAACAACUACUUUCCUGUUCAACAUCACCGUCAUCUCUUUUGUUAUUAUUAUCAAUAUAUGUAUUAUUUUUUUUCUAUUCGCGUAUGUCUGGCUGGUGAUUCGAUCGAUUCAUUUUAACAUAAAAACCCUUUUGAAUUGGAUUUUUACUCAAGCAACAUACAUAACAUACAUAACAUACAGCAUCUUCAGUAUAGAGCGUCAGAGCAACAGAGGAAAACCACAACAUCAUCGUUCACACCAUUUGCAGCCAUAUGCGCGUUAUCGUCGAUAAUCGUUGAGUUCUCUUCUUCACCUUGGAAUAUUUUUUUAUAUCUUUUCUUCUUCUUCUUCGUCAUCUUCAUCUUCUUUACAACAAUUCACUUUACAUGCUGCUUGCUUGGUUUGGCUUGAAUGACUGACGUCCGAUUAUGUCCACAGUAAAAGAUAAAAUAAAUUUUCAAAAUACUUGGAGUUGUAAUAAAACCACAGGUCGUCGUUCUGGAAGUGGAUAUAGUUGCAGUUUUUUAGAUUUGCAUUCUAUACGCCGUUUACUGGAACAUGAUACGAGCGACGCGAUUUGCCCCACUUGUCGCAUAUCGUUUGAUAAAGGCAAACGUCGUAAAUUGAUCGAUACUUGCGGUCAUGAGCGCUGCUACUCUUGUAUGUUUCGCAACGAUCAGUGUCCAAUGUGCAUGAAGGAUGUUGACGGCAACAAUGCUCAAGGCUAUGACACAGGCAUCGGCGGCUCAACAUCGACAAUAGUAAGCCCUCUGGGCUCGCCUCAACCCCAACUGCGAUCGCAAGUGCAACGCACAAAUGCAACCGCUUUGGCUAGAUAUAUGCAGCACAACCGUCAAGAUUCUAUAUAUGCCAAGUUACCCAAGGCGGCUGCUGCAAUACCAACGGCAGCAACAACGACAACCUCUAGCGCAAGCAUCUCUCUCACAACAACAGCGGCUACUCAAUAUACGAUUACAGCGGAUGUUCACAAUAGUAUCAGCAACGAUAGCAACAAUAAUAGUACUAACAAUAAUAACAAUAGCAACAGCAACUAUAGCGGCGGCGAAGUUCAUGCCUCAUCAUUUGCAACACCACCAACACGUCGUCGUUUUUUCAAUCACAAAAACUUACGCAAUGCCUUAACCGGCGGUGUUGGUCAUCGGCGUACCGCUUCAAAUGGUGGCUGUCCCAUAGAUACCGUCUCAAUUUUAUCCGAAGGUAAAAAUAUCGAAAAUGCUUUGAAUACUUCGACAUGUUCGGAUUCGGCUGUGACCCGCAGACGUCGUAAGAAUGUUAGUAACAAGUUGAGUUCAGCAUCGGAAUCAACAACAGCAAGCGAAAAUCGUUUAAAUCGUUUAAGCUUAGCGGGAACUUCAGUAUACGCUGGUCAUUUGUCAUCAUUAGUUCUCGGAAAAAUAAAGUCACUUUGGGCCGUUCCAUCCAAUACGGCAGAUAGUGGAUUAAUUCAAUUUGCAGGUAGUGACAAUUUAGUUAGUGAUAACAGUAGCACGGUAGCUGAGAAGCAAAAGGAUCAGUUACGAGCACGUUUAGGCUUGCUACUAGAUAACGACACGAGCCCUGACGGUUCGAAUACUACCACCACAACCAGUAGUAGCUCCUCACACAAUAUCAGCCCUCAACAAACUUUAGCUACAGAUAGUUCCGGUUUAUCUGUAGAUCACUUCGGUGGGAGUCAGCUAUCGGUAGCUACGAAAGAUGAUACGUAUAGUUUGUGCGGCAAGCUGAAAACAUGUUGUCUUACGGAUACAAAUGGUUACGAAGUAUUCCCGGCUAAGUCACGCAAAUCGGUUGUUCGACGCUCGAACCGUUCCGCACAACUCGGCAAUAAUAGCAAACGGAAUGCCAUAUAUAAAUCUUCCUCAGUACCACCUGCCAUUCAAUUGGCUUUAAAGCCACUUUUCUUCGAAGUUCCUCUGCAAGAACCCGAUCCACCCUUUAUUGGACGUCAAUGGCUACUAAGAGAGCUGUCAAAUAUACUUACUGGCACAGAAACUCCAGGAGUGCUUAUAAAUGGCAAUCCAGGUACCGGGAAAACUGCUUUCAUUUUGCAACUAGUAGAGUAUUCUUGUUUUGGCCGACGCAAAAAUGCAUCUUCCGAAACGGAUCCCGACGGUAUUUACUACCAGAUCAGUACGGCAAGCGACCGAAUACGGGCUUUAGCCGCUCAUGUGGUUGGUUAUCAUUUCUGUCAAGCGGAUGCAAAUUUAACAUGCUUAGUACCAGAUUUUGUACAUUCCUUAGCCGCUCAACUUUGUCAAGCCCCACAAUUGGCUGCCUACCGAGACUAUCUACUCAGUGAACCUCACUUAAAAGGUAUAUUAAGUGUAAAGGAAUGCAUAGCUGAUGCCGAACGCGUAAUGCGAAUGGCCAUUUUGGAACCUUUAACAGUGCUUAAAAGAACCGGGAAAAUUUUGGCCAAAACCUGCAUUAUUCUUGUUGAUGCCCUCUGCGAGGCUGAAUAUCACCGCCCGGACCACGGUUAUACCAUAGCCACAUUUCUUGCCAAAAUUACCAAAUUUUUUCCUUCAUGGCUAAAAGUAGUCGCUACUGUCCGCACUCAGAUGUUGGAAUUUGUCAAAGGUUUAUCUUACACAAAAAUUACGUUAGAUAGCUGGGCUUCAAAUGAUCUUUUGCAGAAAGAUAUGUUAGAUUAUAUAACGUUUCGUGUGAAUAACAGUGCAGAGAUACAAAACAAUGUCGCCAUCGUUAAAGAUCACAACACAGGGCAACUCAAAUUUAUUGGCCACCUCCAAAAUUUAACUAAAGGAUCCAUGUUGUACGCAAAAUUGAUAUUAGAUCUCAUUGAACGCGGUCAGCUCGUGAUCAAGUCAACCAGCUACAAAGUCUUGCCAGUGUCUCUGGCCCAAAUUUUUUUAUUACAUUUCAAUUUAAGAUUUCCUACCUCGUGUAGUUUCGAAAAGGCGGCCCCUAUUCUUAAUGUUUGUCUUGCUGCUUUGUACCCUUUAACACUGAAUGAAAUUUAUUAUACAAUUUGUGCUAUAAAAACCGAUAAAGUAAUGGCUUGGGAUGAAUUUCUGCAACGUUUUAGACUAUUGGAUGGGUUUCUUAUUAAACGUAUUGAUAACACUUAUAUGUUUUUCCAUUCAUCGUUUCGAGAAUGGCUAAUACGUAGAGAUGAGGGAGAGUCAUCCAAAUUCCUGUGCGAUUUUCGUUUAGGCCAUGCUGCGAUUGCCUUUCGUCUUUCUCGCUUGCAAGCUCCUUUGGAUCCAGAGCAGACUUUAGAGUUAGGCCACCAUAUGUUGAAGGCGCACAUUUAUCGCAAUAGUCAAGGCCCACAAUCGCCCCGCGAUAUGCAGGCCUAUUGGAUUUCUUCGGUCACCGAUAAUAUCUCAGCAGCUUUGGGUGCCUUACGCAAUGUUUACAGUCCAAAUUUAAAAGUUUCCCGUCUCAUGCUUUUAGCUGGUUCAUCACCUCAUUAUCGCACUGAAUUUAUGGGUGACGCUACCAUCUUAUGCUUGGCUGCUCACGAGGGUAUUGUUCCAAUGGUGAGUUUACUACUAGAAUUCGGAGCUGAUGUUGGCCUAACCAACAGUCAGGGUUGUACGCCGUUAAUUUUGGCUGCUAUGCGAGGACAUUGCGAUGUGGUACGACUAUUGGUAGCAGCUGGCAGUAGUUUAGGACAAACCGAUACCACACAGAGGUGCGCUCUAGUGCACGCUGCGCGUAUGGGUCGCCUUAAUGUAGUUAAGUAUUUGUUAGCUUGCGAUUGGACGCCUCGAACCAAUUCAGGUGAUGUCAGUUUAAAUUUGGCUUUGCAGCAAGCUUUGAUAGGCGCUGCAUCGCAAGAUCACAUCACAAUUAUGGAGGAUCUGCUUGAUAUGGAAAACAUAAAUAUAAAUCAAGUAGAAAUAACGUCUGGGGAUCUAGCUUUAACCGCCGCCGCCCGCAAUGGAUGUUUGAAUACUGUGGAGAUACUGUUGUCAAGAGGUGCUAAAAUAGAUUCUCACAACAAGCAAGGCUUCACUGCUUUAGGACUUUCUGUUAAAGAAGGACAUUGGGCAGUAGCUGAAAAAUUAUUAGAAAAUGGCGCUGAUCUUGAUGAGUCGGUGACAUCGGCCCGUAAAACUUCUUUAAUGAUUGCAGCCGAAGAGGGCCACAUUGAAAUCAUGGAGAUGUUGAUCACACGAGGAGCCAAUCUUGAAACUCAAGAUCACGAGGGUUUUACAGCUUUAUCCUGGGCAUGCCUGAGAGGGCGCCAGACAGCUGCGAAGAUAUUGAUGGAUAAGGGAUGCAAUAAGAACCAUGCCGACAACAACGGCAGAACCCCUUUGGACCUUGCAGCCUAUCAAGGUUCUGCAAACUUGGUGCAGUAUUUGUUGGAACAAGGAGCUAAUAUUGAACACGUUGACGUCAACGGAAUGCGUCCUUUAGAUAGAGCGAUAGCUUGUCGAAAUAUACAAGUUGUGCAAGUCUUCCUAAGAAGAGGAGCGAAACUAGGCCCUACAACUUGGAGUAUGGCCAUGGGUAAGCCAGAAAUAUUGAUAGUUCUGCUCAAUAAACUGCUAGAGGACGGGAAUGUUUUAUAUCGUAAAAAUCGGUUUCAAGAAGCUUCGCAUCGAUAUCAAUACGCGCUAAGAAAAAUAUCUAAUUUAGAAAUCCUGAUAGAAAAGAGCGCUAUAUUCGCGCAGUUACGUACGAAUCUACUGCUAAAUCUAUCAAGAUGCAAGAGAAAACUGAACGUCCUUGAAGAAUCUAUAGAUUUAGCUACGCAAGCCAUUGCCCAGAAACCAAGCAGCUACGAAGGAUAUUAUGCGCGUGCAAAAGCGCGAAUGGACCAUUGUGAUCUCAACGAUGCACUAAUCGAUGCUAAUGAAGCAAUGCAAAAAGCUGCACAAAGCGGUGUACUAACGGACGUCAUUGAUAUCUUAAAACGUAUUCAAGACGAUCUAUUAAUCCGUAUUAGCCAAGAAAAACGUAUCCAAUGCAAUUGUAAUGAAGAAACUUCUACAGAAUCUCCGCACGAAAUAACCGAUUUAUAAGUUAUCGACUUCCUAUGUGUGCCCAUUACAUUGUCUAAAAAAAUCAAUCAAAAACUAUUCUCCAUUCACCAUUUCUAAACUCUUUUUUCCUUUCCCUAAUUAUCGUUUCCUUCCUUUCUUUAUAUUUAUUUCGUUUAGAAACAUUUAAUUUUAAUUAAAUAGUGCUUGUUUAAACUGACUAAAAGCAAAUUGUUUAUACGUAUAUGCUUUGUUUAUAUAUUUUAUUUGUCAUCAUUAGUUUCAAUUUAAUUAAAAUCAAAUACAUGUGAUGUAAAUAAAUAAAACAUUAAUUCGUAGUUAAAUUUAGUGAAUGGCGUGGCGUGUAUGCGUAACUAUUUUAAAGCUAUUUAAAAUAGCAUCAUUUUAGGUAAUCUCUUACCAUAUACAAUAUGUUCAAUUGUUUUGCCGAUGAUUAAUUUCUUCACAAUCCCUUUUUCGGACUCACCAUCACAUAAAGAUACGGCUCACAAUCAGGGCAUGUAAAAACUAAACAAGAGAAUUAUAUUCGGAUGUGACCGAAUCUUUUACAUUCACUAGCUAUAUCCUAACAAAGAUGAAAAAACAAAAAAAAAACUGAAGAAAUCCACUUCUUUUACUUUACAAUAUUAAGAAGGUUUGGCUCAUUUUAUCAGUUUUAUCGAAUUUAUAAGUAAUGAGCAAAAAUCCUGGAAAGCAGAAAAGUUCUUGGAUUACAUUGCAUCGUAGAUGUCUCGUGUAACCAACUUUUUCAAUAGCAAACUGAGUUCCAAGAAUUUCAAUGUUUCCGCAAAAUUUCAAGUCGAUAGCUUUACUUUUGUAGGCACGAGAAUGUUUACCACAGAAAUUAAACAAACGGCAGACGAACAUGCUUUUAUCGAUUCAGAAUUUCCUGCUGAUCAAAAUUAUAUAUGCUUUAUGGAGUCUGCUUCAUUUUGGCUGUUGCGAACGCUUUGAUAGAACGAACAUACCACCUUAAUUUGAUAGUGGAUGUAAACACGAAGAAUGAAAAAACUCUGACGACUAGCAAAGCAGUAGACAUAUUGAUUGCAUAUUGGUUUCUUGUCCAACUCUUCUCACGUUCAAAGAUUUUCAACGUUAGUCCUUACUUCGUCAUUGCGAUGAUACCCAACGAAAAUAAUUUUUUUUUAUUUGUAGCAUAAAUAAGUGAAUGCGUACUACAUAUCAUAGUUCUUAAAGGAAAUCCAUGUUGCAAUGUUCACCACCUAGGAUAGGUAUCGCAUAUUCCUUCUAAACUUACGGCCAAAAUGUCAAAAUGUCGUAUUGAUGUCAAGGUACGAGAGAAAACUCAAUGUAAGUUGGGACAUCUAUGAGAAGCACAACAAUAGUCUAAUGUACUUCAACAUAUUCGCUUUUCAGCUCCUUGACGAAUCAAUAGAUUUAGCUACACAAACCAUUGCCCAAAAAUUAAGCAGCCCUCUUCUUAUCGACUUAGUACAUUUAUGCCCAUUACAUUGUUUAAAAGAAAUCACUUUC